AUGUCGCGUCUCGCCAGAGAAUCAACGUCUACAUCUAUAACUCCGGACAGCGAUUCAACCCUUCUUGAGUCGACUGGAAACCCUCUCACGCCGGCAACGAGCAUCUCUGAGACCUCUAGCAAUGUCGAUGUUCCAGUUACGAAGGCCACUUCUCAUGUCAACUCGCGAUCGACGCGUCGCGUAACUCGAGCAUCCAUUGGGGAUGGAAUCAGCACCGGUAUCGAGGAGGAAGGGGAUAAACAGGACAAUGAUUCAGAGGAGGUUAUAUCCGUGUCUGCUACUGGAGAGGAAGCACACGUCAAGCGCGAGUCGACUCAAAGGCGUGGCCUACGUUCGUUACGUGGUCGCCGUAGCUUGGUUGAGGAAACGCCUGAGGAGGAAAAUACAGCAGAUACGCCCCUGGAAAACGCUGCGCAUGGUACUACGAAUGAUGAUUUAAAAGAAGAAAGCGAAUCGAGGCAGCAAUCGCUUGAGAAAGUCGAGGCUACACAACGCCGAAGACGUUCUGGUCGGUUGACCCUUUUAGAGAGGACCAAGACGGUUUUAAACCAGGUGUCAUCGAUUCUUGGAAAAAGGCAGCGCGGUAGCAAGGGGAACGAGAAGAUCGAACCCAAGGCGGAUGGUCGAAGGUCUAGCCUUCGUUCAAGGAAUGUUGUUCAAAAGGCACCACAGGAGGAAUCGGCCACUAAGAAGAGGCGCGUAUCUGGAAACGACGUUAAUUCAGAGAAAGAUUCGAAGAAAGAUGAGCCAUCUUCAUCAACGGCUUGUGAAAUUGCUGUGGCUGCACCCAAGAGGAAGAAAUGGCUUUCUCAUGGUCUUUACGCAGGUCCAAAUGCCUUUGCCAAACUUGAAAUACCCCCUUCACAAAGACGGAGAAAGGGAUCCAGACAACCACCCCGUGAACGAGUCUUAUUUCCUAUGCCAAAAUACUCUGGUGCCCUCCUGCUGGAAAGAGGCCGACAAUUCAAAUUACCUUAUGACAUAUUCUCCCCCUUACCUCGCGGCCAGCCUAAGCCAGACGAGUGGCGCAAAAUAAACAAAAACAUUUUUAUUGGUGAUGCUGCAUGCAUCUGGAAGGCUACCAUGCCCACUGAGCAAUCAACGUGUCUCUGUACCCCUGAGACUGGUUGUGAAGAAAACUGUCAGAACCGACACAUGCUCUACGAGUGUGAUGAUAAUAAUUGCAAGCUUGGUGAAGAUCUGUGUAGGAACCGCAAUUUUGCCCAGUUGCGCAAACGUAUCAAGACCGGAAGUAAGUAUAACAUUGGAGUCGAGGUUAUAAAAACAGAAAGUCGUGGUUAUGGCGUUCGAAGCAACCGGACCUUCUCCCCAAAUCAAAUCAUUGUCGAGUAUACUGGGGAGAUUCUCACCCAGAUCGAGGCCCAGCGCCGAAUGAACACGAUAUAUAAGAAAAAUGAGUGCUUUUAUUUGAUGGACUUCGACCAAGAUAUGAUCAUCGAUGCUACACGGGGCUCAAUUGCACGGUUUGUUAACCACUCCUGCGAGCCUAACUGCAAGAUGGAAAAAUGGAUUGUUGCAGGAAAACCCAGGAUCGCCCUGUUUGCUGGCGAUAAUGGUAUCAUGACUGGAGAAGAGCUGACAUACGACUACAAUUUUGACCCAUACUCUAAUAAGAAUGUCCAAGAAUGCCGUUGUGGUACCCCAUCCUGCCGUGGUGUAUUAGGACCAAGGCCCAAAGGAAAGGACCCUAAGGCCAACGAAAAUAGCUCCUCUAAGAAGAUAUCCACGACGAAAUCUACACGCGCAGGAACCAAGCGCAAGUCAAAGGGGACCGCUAACGAGCCCGCCUCUAAGAAGCAAAAAACCAACAAGAAAUCCUCCGUCAAAGCAGGUCUGAAGCGAGCGGUAUCGAAGGCUUCUCAGAAUAUAAAGUCCAAAGCGAAGGCGAUAAAGGUUUCCAGGAAGCGAGUGGGCGUUAAAUUUAACAAGUCCGCAACUAGCAAGGCAGCUGCUACGGCAGCGGCUAACGUCUCCUUUACGUCUGGCCAGUAUCAGGACUGCCGCAACGGCCGUGCAAACGGCAGUGGCGGGCAGAGGUGGACGCAGAGCAUCUACUAA